CACGCCCCCUCAUCUCAUCCAGCUGAGUAUACAGCUCCUCACCUCCCCUCCCCCCUGCUCUGUAUUCUGAAGACGCAGGUCUGUACAGGAGAAGGAACAGAGAGAAGAGAAGUGUUAUCUGAAGGGGAGGAUGAGAAGAUGAUUUUUAAUGGAGAGCCGGAAUCCCAGACGUUCCAUCCUCAGCAGCAUCCAGUCCAUUAUCCGCCCUCCUCUCGCACACAGAGCUGACAUCGCCUAUUUGCCAAGCUGGGAGAUGAGCAUUUGCAAGAGUCAGGUCUAUACCGGUGUUCUCUUUCCUUCUAUUUUUUUUUUUUUUUUUUAUUACACCAAGUGUGACAAUCUGUGAUUGGUCGGCCAUCGGAGCUUCCUGGAACAGAGCACUAUUUAAAUAAGAAGUCAUUUCACAGCAGCCAAGAUGCUGCUCUGCCAGCGAGGAGUUCACAGGCUCAUCUUAAGGAUGCUCAGACGCUGGAUGUAAGGAGCCGUGGACAUACAGCUGAAGAGAUGUAAAUUCUGAAUGAUGGAGUGUUCCUGGAAAGUCCUUGUGCUAAUAGUGUUUACCUCUCUGGGAAUCCAAUACACAGCCAUCAAGUCCCUCAGGAUGACCUCUAUAUCCCCGUGCAGGAGCAUGGCGGCCGAGAAUCGCUGUGGACACAUCAAAGAUAACGCUACAAGAGCUUUAUGUGAAGACGUUAAUGGACAACAGGGCAGAAAACACAUCCUCAUCCUCGCCACCGCCAGAAGUGGAUCUUCGUUUCUCGGGCAACUUUUUAACCAAAACUCAGACGUCUUCUAUCUAUUCGAGCCCCUAUACCACGUACAGGGUAUGUUUACCAAUGCCAACGGGCUGACCAUGAUAGACAGGAGGUCUCUCCUUGGCGCCUACAGGGACCUGCUGCACAACCUAUACGACUGUGACUUCUAUCUCCUGGAAAACUACAUAAAGCCGGCACCUAAAGAUCACGUCACGUCCUCGUUUUUCCGAAGUGGGGCCAGUAAAGCUUUAUGUUCCCCUCCCGUAUGCAACCAGUUACAGGAACUCCAGGAAAGCCAGUGUUUGAAGACGUGUCGAAAGAUAAACUUGACUUUGGCCUCGGCCACCUGUCGGUCCUACAGGACCAUGGCCAUAAAAACCAUUAGGAUUCCCGAGAUCAACCAUUUGAGGACUCUAGUGGAGGAUCCAAGACUGAACCUUAAAAUAAUUCACCUUGUCAGGGACCCCAGGGCCGUUCUGGCCUCAAGAAUAAGCACUUUUGUAGACCAGUAUAGGUCUUAUCAUAUAUGGAACUCUUCGGGUCGAAAGCCUCACAGCAUAGACCUGUCAUUGAUCAGGAACAUGUGUAUGGAUUACAGUAACUCAGUGGAGACCGCCUUCAGUAGACCUUCUUGGCUGAGAGGGAAGUACAUGCUGGUACGGUAUGAAGACCUCGCGAAGGAUCCUAUCAAGAAAACCAACGAAAUCUACAAUUUUGUAGGCCUUCAAUGGAAGGAAGGCCUCUCGUCGUGGAUUGAGGAGAACACCAAUGCCACCGUUUCUCCUAAUUCUAGCAAAUUCGCAACCAUCCGGAAGUCAUCGGAGACCAUAGAGAACUGGAGGCUCCACUUACAUUUCAGUAUAGUCCAAACGGUGCAGGACGUAUGCAACACCACCCUGUCCCAAGUUGGUUACCAAUUGGUGGACUCCGUCCAACAGCUGAAGAACCUUUCUCAGAGUCUCGUGGAACCGAGAAUAUUUCUACCAUUUAUCUAAAAAAAAAAUUUUAAAGGGCAAAAAUAAAAUGAAAGAGCUAAAUUCUUGGUGUCAGCUACAAUUUCAAACCAACAGAGAUCAAUAGGAUAUCACAAGGCUCAAGUCUGAACGGGUUCGUAUCAGCGAGUGACAAGAUGGAAGAUGAAGAAGCCAAGGUGUCUCCAGGAAAUUAAUUCUCAAAUGACGUUCUGCUCCUUUCAAGUCAGAAAAAAAUUCAAUCAUUUUAGUAAAAAAGUAUCAAAUUACUUUUUUUUUUUAAUUAAAUC